CUUGAAGACCGGCAGGUGAAUCAGGUAAAUUUAUUGGUGGAUGCCGAGGCCAGACCAGACUGAAUGAUUGAUGAGAAGCUGGAGUGCGGAGGUCAUCUCCAGUUCCGUGGGUUUCCCCGCCAUCCAUCCCGUUGCCUGCCGUCUUCCCUCCUCUAUUCGACUGUUCUGCAAACACACAACAAGAAUCCCUGUCGUCAGCAUAUACCUUCGCCAGUCUUUGAAGCUAUCUGUUAUCGAUAGCUAUUUUUCUUCUCGUCUUGAAUUUUUUUUGGUCAGCAUCGUAUACCAAGACCCGUGAUCAAUCGAGUUCGGGUCCAGAAGAAUGUGACUGUGCUUCCCCGCUCCUAACCGCCUGGUCUGGGUGACUGGAAAGACUGAGACUAGUGCCCUCGCUUUCGCUUCCUUCGUCUUGGCU